AUCAACCCCACUGCCCUAAUACCAAUUACCCUAACUAUCUUUACAGGAACUAUACUUACAAUAAUCAGCUCUCACUGACUUCUAAUCUGAAUAGGACUAGAAAUAAAUAUACUAGCCAUCAUUCCAGUCCUCGCAAAAAAAACUAAUCCCCGAUCUACAGAAGCCGCCACCAAAUACUUCCUAACACAAGCAACAGCUUCCAUACUACUUAUAAUAACCAUCGUCAUCAACGCUAUACAUACCGGCCAAUGAAACAUUACCAAUACUCAUAACCCGCUUACCUCCCUUACAAUUAUCAUCGCACUAACAAUAAAACUAGGGAUAACCCCAUUCCAUUUCUGAGUCCCCGAAGUAACCCAAGGAGUCACACUAAUAGCAGGAAUACUUCUCCUAACAUGACAAAAACUAGCCCCAAUCUCUAUCAUAAUACAAAUUUACCCAUCAAUAAACAUAAAUAUCCUCCUAGCAUUCGCCUUAUUAUCAGUUCUAGUAGGAGGUUGAGGAGGACUAAACCAAACCCAAUUACGAAAAAUCCUAGCCUACUCAUCCAUCGCCCACAUAGGCUGAAUAAUAGCCGUCCUAAUAUUCUGCCCAUCCCUAACAAUCCUAAACUUACUAAUUUAUCUAAUAUUAACCAUCACCUUAUUCACCAUACUCAAUAUCAACACAAAUACCACCACACUCACCCUAUCAAUCCUAUGAAACAAAAGCCCAACAAUUACUCUAAUAAUCCUAACAUCCCUUCUAUCCCUAGGAGGACUACCACCACUCACAGGCUUCCUGCCCAAAUGGGUAAUCGUACAAGAACUAACAAAAAACAACAACAUCAUUAUAGCCACAAUCAUAGUAAUCAUAGCACUCCUAAAUCUUUACUUCUACAUACGACUAAUCUAUUCUACCUCCCUAACAAUGUUCCCCACAUUCAACAACAUAAAAAUAAAAUGACAAUUCCAAACAACAAAAUACACACUAUUUUUACCACCAUUAAUUGCCCUAUCUACCCUAUCCCUCCCCUUAUCACCAAUUCUACUAACAUUAAGCU